AUGAUCGCAACUGGUGUCUGUGGCGUCGCGCUGAUGCUGGUGUUGGUGGUUCUGAUACCGGUCGUGGUGAACACCGCCGGGACUCCUGCGCGUUACGAGAUGCUCGGCUCCUGUCAAAUGGUGUGCGACUCCCACGGGACCGCGACCACAGCAACAGCAAAGGCGACCAACCCGAUCAAAGACAACCGUUUGGUUCAGUCGCUUCCAACGUUCAUCCAAGGUCCCCAAGGAGAGCCAGGGCGCGUCGGGAGGAUGGGUCCGAGGGGUCCGGUUGGCGAGCCCGGGCCACCUGGACCUGCUGGUCCUCCCGGGGACAGAGGGGCGCCGGGCCCCCCGGGUCCACCCGGAGCAAAUGGGCCCAACGGUGCUAUCAGCGCUGCCACUUACAACACAAUCCCAAAGAUUGCGUUUUAUGCAGGACUGAAGAAGCAGCACGAAGGAUAUGAAGUGUUGAAAUUCGACGACGUGGUCACAAAUCUGGGCAAUCACUAUGACCCGUCUUCGGGGAAAUUCACCUGCUCAAUACCGGGGAUCUACUUCUUUGUUUACCAUGUGCUGAUGCGAGGCGGAGAUGGAACCAGCAUGUGGGCUGACCUCUGCAAAAACAACCAGGUGAGAGCCAGUGCCAUCGCCCAGGACGCCGACCAGAACUACGACUACGCCAGCAACAGCGUUGUCCUGCACCUCGAGCCUGGGGACGAGAUUUACAUCAAGCUGGACGGCGGAAAGGCGCACGGGGGCAACAACAACAAGUACAGCACCUUCUCCGGCUUCAUGUUGUACGCUGAUUGAAACAGAUUCACUGAAAGGGGAAAAAACUCUGCUCUGCAUAUAGCUUGCUUCACUGCUCAUGCUCGAUUCAAUGUCAGUUGGAUCAUUAGAGGAAGAGCUCACUAUUUCCAUAUUGUAAUUCAAAAAGAUGUGGAGGACGUCGUGCUGAAAAUAGAAGCUGCAAAAGUGAAGAGCUCACUGUAAUUACAGAAUCAUGAUUUUUAAAGUGUACAGUGAAUUGUACACCUGUCAGAUUGAUUAGUGUCGCUAUUGCACCCUGAAUGAAAUGUUUAGCUUCCCAAAUUAUGUUCGCUGAUAUGUCAAACAUACUGUACAUGCUGCUGAGUGAAAGAGAUCAGUGUAUUGACCUUUAUCACUUUAUUAUAGACGCUAAAAUUAUACUCACAUAAUCAUCACAGUGUUGUUAGUCCACAUGUGUGCUUUAUUUUUCAAAAAUAUUUGACAUUUUGGGUGAAAAUGUUUAAAGCUGUAGUGAUGCAUGAUGAUGAUGAUUAUAAAAAUAUGAGAUUUUAACCCUGUGCAGCGUGAAAACACUUUAAAGUAUGUGUAAAGGGCCAUUCUGAUGUUCAUACUGAUGCACUGUCACAAAAUGAUCAUUGUAACUCAUUUCUCCUUGUCUAAAUAUGACAGCUGGUCAGGGCAACAGGGUGGUCUGUUGGUUUAGUCACCACCACCAAACUGGACAGUCACACUGACAGAAACGUUUCCUCGGCGUGCAUCAAUCUGCCUGCUGAUUGUUAAGACUGUCGGCUAAUGUGUAAAAUAUCAUGUAAGAUUAAAAUCCUCUGGCUCACUUUGUAAUCCUCUCCAGAAGAUUAAUCAAAGUUAGAGAGCUUUUUUUUUCACGGCACACAGUCACUCGUGGCGAUCACGCCAUUGAUCAUGUGGUGAAGUCACCCUGUGAGGCCACCUGUUCCCAGAUGAGAGGAGAACAUGUCCUUCAUCCAGUCAGCCUCCCAUAGACACCCAGACACCCACUGAGGGGCAACAGGACAACUCAUCUAACACAGCCGCAUUGUGUCGCGAGCAGAGCGGCAUACUGAUUACUGAAUACGCUCAUUAUUUUCAUCCCAGAAAACAUGCUUGCGGAAACUAACAAAUACACAGACAGCAACAAUGUUGA